AGAAGAAGAAAAGGAUGUUGAUAGAAGAACACAGCGGCGGAGAGGAAAGAUGGUAAUUUGGUCGUACCCACCUACGCGCAAGCAACUAGCAAUCAGCGUUGGGCUAUUCCUUACCGGCGCGUCCCUCUUUGCGAUCGGAGCACAUCUCUCUUUCGUCAACGUUGCCCCACAACAAGCCCGCACCAAAGCUCGGAGCGACUUCGUCAAGGACCGUCUUCGAAAGAUACUCGAUGAUUGAAUCGCCCAUCUUAUUUAGAAUCUUCUGAAGGCGAAUGGUGAAGACUGAAGACGGUGGUUAGUUUCCUUCAUUUCUGGGUUUUUUCUUUAGGGUUUAGGGUUUGGAUAAUGUUCAUCUGUGAAUAUCCACUGUCUGGUGUGUUGAUGUAAUUGGACUACUUGUUCUUUGUUUUUGGAUCUCGAUUUGGGUUGGGUAUGAUAGUUAUUAACCUUCAACUGUUUGUGGAAAUGCUUAAAUGAAUCAAAACAGUGGAUUAUCAAAUUAAAUUUGUUGUUUUGAUAAGAUAACUGAAUUAAAUUAUUUUCUAA